AUGCAGAUCGUUCUCUUCUUCCUUCCCGGUAUACUGUACCGUCUCCCAGAGAAAGUGAAUACAGUACUCGAUCUGGGGGCGGGGCCUACAGUAUACCUUCCCAUCGCGUUGAGACUCCGUGCUCAGAAUAUUUAUACGUCGGAUUAUGCGCCAGCCAAUCGGGAGACACUUAUCAGUUGGUGUGAGAAUCGAUCUACAUUUGACUGGAGCAACGUGUGCACGUGGAUAGCCAAUAUCGAGGCUUCGAUGGAAACUGGAAAAGUGAUGCAGGAGAAAACGAGACAACUGAUGAGAGCUGUGUUGGAUGUAAACGUCCAUGAGUCUCCAGUAGUUCAAUCAGUCGUCUGGAAGGAGAAUCCAUCGAUUGAAGUGCCUCAAAAGUUCCAAGUGGUGUCUACAGUAUUCUGUCUCGAGUAUUCCUGUGAGACCCUUGAAGCCUACUUUCGGGCGGUCCGUAGUGCGUGUUCUCUCAUCGAAGACGGGGGAUUCCUGAUUCAGGGCGGAGUCUUGGGUGCGACUACUUACAAUUUCGGCGGGAAAUCGUUCAGAUGUCACUGUUUGAAGCAGAGUCAUAUUGUCGAGAGUUUGAAGGCAAAUGGAAUGGCGACAACCGCCGAACAAGGCUACAAGUUCAUCACUCACGACGAUAUUUUCCUAUUAUUCUCAAAGAAAUUAUAA